UUUACAGUGGUGAGCUCAUAGCGUACCAAAGACAACUUUCAAAACAGAAAUGGGGACGCAGGACUCUUCUGGGAGCAAAUAUUGUCCUUUCUGCCAAAUAGCGAACAGCCAGGCUGACACAGAAAUCCUGCUCAGCAAUGACGAGCUACUUUGUUUUCGUGACAUGAAGCCUGGCGCCACACACCACUACCUCGUUGUCACCAGGACGCACAUCGACAACUGCAAACGUCUCCAGGAGGACGACCUACCUCUAGUGGAGCGGAUGGUGGAUAUGGGAAUGAGGAUACUGGAGAAGAAUAAAGUCAGUGACCUAGAUGACGUCAGGAUGGGGUUUCACCUGCCUCCAUUCUCAUCUGUCCCCCACCUCCACCUCCACGCUCUGGCUCCAGCCAGUAAGAUGAACUUCAGGUCGCUGCUUCACUACGGGCCGCAGUCUCACUGGUUCAUCACAGUGAGUGAUGUCUUGGAUGUGUCUCGGGUUGUGGUGGUGAGACAGAGCAGGUAGACAAAGUGCUCUCUCAGCUGAAGACCCGAGGCAAGGUCAAAUGAAGCGGCAUGAGAGUCUGAAAGUGUCAUCUUUUAUGCCGACAAGCUAUUUCUUUCAUGUCAUUUUGCCUCACUGAGUGCAAUUUCAAAUCAGUUUUCCAUCUGACUUGAUAUUUUUGUGUUAAUGACUUAUAAUGAUGUAUAAGUAGUUCAUGCUGCUUGCUAAUUUUAGUUGUGGAGAAAAGUGGGAAAAGGGCUCUUUCGGUGGAAGCAAGUCCCUUUCAAAGAACUUUUUUUUAAAAAGUCCUAUCAAAUGACCUUUACAUUUCCCGCGAUUGAAUACUGACUAUGGCUUACUGUAAAAGCAGUUACGUCUGGCUGUGAAGGUAAUAAUGAUGCUGUGUGUGAUGUGUGUGCACAGACAGUGAAAUACUUUGGCAACACU